CCUUUCCCUACUUUACCUUUAAAUACGUGAUCAGUGUCACGACGUGGAACCAAACAGCAUGGAAAUAACUUCGCUACUUCGCAAGGAACUCUCAACUAUUAUAUUACUUUCACUCGGAUAAAUACCCAUAGUUCAAGUUUCAAGAGUUUAACCCUUUAUAAUGCCAGGUCGUACCCAACCUUUACCGGAUUGUGACGAGAGAUCUUCGGAUCGUUAUGACCUACUUCAUAAGUAUUCCGUCUCGAGAAACGGAUUCCUCCCAGAACGAGAACCCCCAAGCCGUCUACCACACCAUUAUUAUGCCCCGUGGGAGUCUAUACUGGAUGAUCUCCCAUCACUGCUAAACAGCAAGUCGAUCCGAAAGGCUGUAGAGUCCAUAGGGGUACUUUCGACGAGCAAACUACACACGGAAGAAGAAUGGCGGCGAGCUUACGUGGUAUUAUCAUUCUUAGCGCAUGGGUACAUCUGGGGCGGCGAGAAGGCAUCAGAGGUAUAACCAAUCUUAAUAGACCUAUUACACAUGUGGCUAAUAAGCAGUUAGGUACUUCCUCCAGCGCUAUCAGUACCAUUUCUUCAAGUUUCGGAGCACCUUCGCCUUCCGCCGGUUGCGACAUACGCUGCUGUUAACCUAUGGAACUUUACUUGUAGUGGACCCGACUUUCGAGAUCUUGACAAGCUAAAAGCCUUGCAUACAUUCAGCGGCACAGAAGACGAGUCGUGGUUCUACUCGGUAUCAGUGGCAAUGGAAGCGGAAGGCGCCUAUAUCAUUCCGACCAUGCUCCAAGCACUCGAGGCGACCCAACAUCGAGAUUACUCGACAAUAAUCAGGGCAUUAGACCAGCUAAAGAUAUGCAUCGGGAGACUUGGUAGACUACUCGAUCGGAUGGAUGAGAAAUGCGACCCGAUGGUCUUUUACCACCAGAUUCGACCGUAUCUAGCUGGAAGUAAAAAUAUGGCUGCUUCAGGCCUCCCCAAUGGCGUCUUAUACGAAGACGGGAACGGAGUGCUUAGUUGGAAGCACUUGAGAGGUGGGAGCAAUGGACAGAGCUCGCUUAUUCAAUUCCUCGACAUUGUCCUUGGAGUCGAACAUACGUCGAGGACGAACGAAGCCGUAACAAGUUUCCACGAAGAGACCCGCUCUUAUAUGCCAGCACCGCACAGAGCAUUUUUAGAAGACGUCUCGCGAAUGGGCAGUAUAAAGGAGCUCGCGAGCAAGCAAGGUGGCUCGGACAAACACGAACAGAUGCAGCGAUCUUAUCAAGCUGCUACCCAAGCUCUUGGAGACUUUCGCAAUAAGCAUAUGCAAAUCGUGACGCGAUACAUUAUUAUACCGUCGAGAAAACAGAUGCAAGGUCGGGUGGUGAAUCUAGCUACGGCAUCAUCGCGAUCAAAGGAGGGCUCAGAAAGGCAGUUGACUGGGACUGGGGGAACGGCAUUAAUACCCUUUCUAAAACAGACGCGUGAUGAAACGUAUCUGGCGGGAAUUAUAACGCCAAAGACAUCUAGUAAAUAGGGGUAGAAUUAGGUAUCUACCCAUGUACCUAGGUAUUGUACCUAAUUGUGUUCGUAGAAUAAAGAUAAACCGUACCAAAAUUUGGGAUGAAGUGGUGAAGUGAAGUAUGGAAGCUCGGAUAUCGUAGGCGACUUAUUGUAAAAGUGGGAAGAAGAAAGAUGCACAGGGGCAUCGUACAAUACGUAAUCCCGUAAGAUCGGGUCCCCCCUUUUUUGUUUUCUCCGCUUUCCGAAGUUCCGACAUCCGGUUCCAACAAGGUCAAGUCCGAUCCAAUAUG